UUUCUGCGUCCACAACUUCCCCAUUGCACUUGUCUCUCAGUCAGAAUCGAAAUACGACCCGCGAGAAGCAAGAUUGUUAGCAACAUCAACAUGCCUGGGAUCAAGCACACCGGGAGAGGGGCACUUGUACAUGAAUGCACUAGAUAAUACCGGAAAAGCCUGGAGUUUCCCCUGCUCUGUUCACCAUGACGAGACCACUGGAACUGUUGUCUCUGUUUUCUGGGACGAAUUUGUUCGCGAGAAAGGUGUCGGGCAAAUGAAAGGUGGUUCUCAAGGAAAAAUCUAUGGCGGAGGGGACGAUAUCUGAAGUAGGUGACUUAAUUAGUGUCCAGGACAUACUAUGGUGGAAGUUUAUUAUUCUUUUGUACUAAUCAAAAGUGUGUGUGAUGAAUUGUGGUGAUUAAAUUGUUUUUAUUCAU